AUUCCGUCUUCUUCCUCGUUCAAAGGAAAGAGGAUCAUCAUCACCACCAUCAUGAGCAUGAUCAUGAUCAUGAUCGUAUGUUCUUGAAUAAGAUUUCUUCUCACUGUACAUGAAAACAUAUAGCCGUUGACACAAUCACGGGAAAAAAAUGAACGAUUUAUUCUCGAGCUCGUUCAAGAAAUACACGGACCUGAAGCAGCAGGCCCAGAUGGACGACAUGGAAGCAGGACGGGAGACGAUGAACCUCGACAAGUUCUUCGAAGAUGUCGAAAACGUGAAAGACGACAUGAAAGGUGUCGAGGAUCUGUACAGGAAGUUGCAGGAAUCUAACGAGGAGUGCAAGACCGUACACAACGCCAAGACGAUGAAAGAGCUCCGCGCCAAAAUGGACAACGACGUGUCUCUGGUCCUGAAGAGGGUUAAACUCAUCAAACAGAAGCUCGAGGCCCUCGAGAGAUCCAACGCUAGUAGCCGAAACGUGCCCGGUUGCGGCCCUGGUUCGUCCACUGACCGGACCAGAUCCUCUGUCGUUAGUGGUCUUGGCAAGAAACUGAAGGAUUUGAUGGAUAGUUUCCAAGGUUUACGCGCCAAAAUGAACGCUGAAUACAAAGAAACCGUUGAGCGCAGGUAUUUCACGAUAACGGGAGAAAAGGCGGACGAACAAACGAUCGAGAACCUGAUAUCGAGCGGGGAGAGCGAGAAUUUCCUGCAGAAGGCGAUACAAGAUCAGGGUAGGGGUCAGAUCCUCGACACAAUAUCCGAGAUCCAAGAGAGGCACGACGCGGUGAAGGAGAUAGAGAAGAAUCUGAUAGAGCUUCACCAGGUUUUCUUGGACAUGGCGGCGCUGGUCGAAUCUCAGGGUCAACAGCUCAACGACAUCGAGAGCCACGUGGCAAAGGCCAGCUCUUUUGUCCGGAGAGGAACUGGUCAGCUCCAAGAAGCCAGGGAGUAUCAGAAGAGCUCCAGGAAGUGGACUUGCUACGCUAUAAUCCUCAUCAUCGUCAUCGCUGUUCUUCUUCUGUUUCCUCUUUUACCGCACAUUCUGAUUUGGUUCAAGUGAAAAACAAAAGAGAUUCUCUGUAAUGAUCUUCUUCGUCAUCGUGCGUGAGAUUAGAUAGGUUAAAUCUCUCUUUUCGCCAUUACAGUUCAAGAAUUGCAGAAACAGUAACAGCGUUUGGAUCGUUAGGGUUGAUCAUAGAGGGAGAGACAUGCAAAGAUCCAAUUUUUUUUUUUUUAAAUGUAACAUU